AUGGCAGGCCGAGGUCGAGGGAGAAAAAAAUCUCAGCAGAAAAAGUCCACAAAAAGAAACAGUGCUCCUGUAGAAGAGCAGCAUGUAGAAGAACUUUCAACAGAGAAUGAUAGUGAUGAUCUGCCAGCACACGGAAUUGAGUCUGAUAAUCAGGGAACCGAUAAUCAGUCUGCAUCAUCUCAGGAGUGCCAACCACUGCCACCUGAUGAGCUAUGUUUCAAGAACACCGAGUUCACCCAGACGUGUAAGAUACAGAGGAAGUGUUAUGUGACCGAGACGGUGAAGUUUCUGAAGAAGGCUAGGUUUAAGCCUGAGCUCGAGUGGUUUGAAAACCACCCUCAGUUUUGCCAUUUUUUCCACAUGCCCGAUGAACCAAACUUGAAGCUGCAUGGUAUGUGGAUGCUUCUACUGCGCACUGUUCCUUUACAUGAGUCAGAGGACACAUCUUGGUUUGCUGUUAAUGGAGUGCCCAUUCGGUAUUCAAUGAGAGAGCAUGCUCUCAUCUCGGGAUUGGACUGCCAUGGCUACCCGGCUAAGUAUAAGAAGAUUGGAAGCUUUGCGUUUGUAGACAGGCAUUUCAAAUCACAUAAGGAGAUCACUAUGCUAUCUGUGAGAGAGAAGUUGUUGAGUAUGAGUGUGUGUGGGGAUCGACUCAAAAUGGCAGUGCUUUACUUCUUAGGCACGAUUAUCAGAGCGAGGGGAAGGUAUAAUGCCCCGUUCGACCCUUUCGUAUUAAGAAUCGUCAACGAUGUGGAGGUUUGUAAAACCUUUCCUUGGGGUCGGUUGACGUUUGAAGAUGCUCUCCGGUCCAUCACUCACGUGAUGAAGCAUCUGAAAGGGAAACCUAAGAAUAAUGUCAACUUUCCCGGGUUCAUAAUUCCUUUGGAGAUCCUGGCAUUUGAGUGUAUUCCAGCUCUGAAAGCACGAUUAAGAGAAGGCGUAGAAGGCUGUAUGAGUAAGUGUCCGAGGAUGUGUAAAAAGCGGUUCCAAAGUAACAGCAUGAAGGGUUAUCCUCUUGAGGAUUUGUACGACACACUAGGAGAAAUUAAGGUUAUUGAAAGUGUUCUUGUUCCUACUGUUGAUGAGGAACCUCUCAUGGCACGCUUAAUGGAUGGGGAGCCAGACUAUAAAAAUGAAGAAGGCGUGAGUAAUUUGUGGAGCACGUGGUUGACUGUUAAGGAGAAGCCUAUCUUUUGGCAAGAACUCUAUGAGUUAGAUGUGGCUGCAAGGGAGUUUCCUCAGAAGAAAGACAAAAGGAAAGUGCAUGAAGAAGCAUCCUCCUCUAAUACAAGUUUGGAGGACGUUUUGAAAGGGUUUGAAGAGAGGUUGAUGACAAGUUUGAGUGAAGUAAAUGGGAAGGUGGAAAAAAUGAACAAGAGGCUUGGGAAGAUUGAACGUUGCCAAGUUGUUUUAAAAAAGAGGUGUAAAAGGAUGAAGACAAUGGAGAAGAAGCUUGAGAAGAUUGAAGAUUGCCAAUAUUAUUUAAAAAAGAAGGCCAAGAAGGUGGAGAAAGAAAUGAAGGAAAUGAAAGAGAAGAGGAGGAUAAGGAGAACAAUGACGUGGAAUGACAGCAAUGGAGCGGACGCAACAACCAAAGAACCUGAAGAUGCAGAUAUGGUUGAAAAUACAGAGGUGGUAGAAGAGAAAGAGAGUGAAGAAGACGCUCAGAAGGACGAUAGAGGUUCUGAGGAAGAGACAUAA